GUCCUUGCUCUUAUCCUCUCGCUAGUCAGUCCCUAUAUAUACGCAAAGUCACUAAGGCCUAAGAAUCAACAAAGCAACAAAAGAGCAAAGCCAAGCAAAAGAGAAUUAAAACGCCAAAAAGAGUGUAACGAUGUCUAUAAUUCCGAGCUUUUUUGGAGGCCGAAGAACAAACGUGUUCGACCCGUUCUCGCUUGACGUAUGGGAUCCGUUCGAAGGAUCAGGUUUGGCAAACGCACCCGGUAGAGACGUGGCAGCGUUCACAAACGCUAAAGUGGACUGGAGGGAGACACCUGAGGCGCACGUGUUCAAGGCGGACUUGCCUGGGUUAAAGAAAGAAGAGGUGAAGGUGGAGGUUGAAGAUGGGAACGUACUUCAGAUAAGCGGAGAGAGAAGGAGCGAGAACGAAGAAAAGAGUGACAAGUGGCACCGUGUGGAGAGGUCUAGUGGUAAGUUCAUGAGGAGGUUUAGGCUGCCGGAGAAUGCGAAGAUGGAGGAAGUUAAGGCUUGUAUGGAGAAUGGUGUUUUAUCGGUUAUGGUCCCGAAAAUUCCUGAGAGGAAGCCUGAGGUCAAGUCUAUUGACAUCUCUGGCUAAAGGGAAUGGUCAAGAUGGAAAGUUGAAGACAUAAAUGCGUUGUUGUGUAAUAAAAUGAUGUGCAAGUUUUCUUUCUCCUGUAAUGAUGAACCGCGUUGUAUCAAAGUUAGUGAAUAUUAAUAAAAGAGUAGU